AUGCUGUCCCUCAAAUCCCUCCUCGCCACCAUCACCGUCGCCCUCGCAGCCACCGCCAGUGCCCAGGACAAGAGAUGGUUCGAGGGCAAGGGCCAAAUCCGCAUGAUGUACAACAACGAUCCGUACCAGGACCUCGGCUGCCUCACCAGCGCGGGGAAGUGGACCGUCGACGAGCCGCUCUGCGGGACCUUUGAGGGCGUCUGGAUCAGAGAGUACAAUUUCAACCUCACUUCCCUGGAUCCCGGGUCCGGCCCUUGCGGAGCGGUCAAGGGUCCAUUGACUUUUACGUGUGGAAAGGAUGUACAGCCGUACUCGUUCGGUACUCUUGGACCCAAUGUCCCCAGACAGGGCCUCAUGGCCCUCGUCAUCGGUCAGUACGUCGUCUUUGCCACCGAUGGAGUCAGCCCGCCUCCGCCUGGUGGUGAACCCAUGUCCAUCCGCCCCUGGAGAAGCUUGGACAAGCCGAAGUGGGCCUGGAUAGGAUGGAAGGCUCUCUGA